UUUCGCGGGAAAGUUUAUAGAGGAAGCGCGCAGGGGAGAGAGACGAUUGUUCAGCGUCUCAGGUUUUCGGCGGUUAACUUAACAAGGGUAGGAUUUUAUUUUGGUUUGUUUUGUAAGCAUGGCUCAAGGCCGAGUCACUGACUACUUCGCACAGUCUAAGAGAGCAGGCGUUGACCGAUCCCUGCGGUCUAAAUCUCAAAAACCGAGCGAGGACAGUGUGGUGUCUAUAAGCAGAGCUCAGAGGAGCAGAAGCUCGGCAAAAAAACACCUCAGAUCUGCAGAGGAGGAAAGAGAACACCUCAGAUCUGCAGAGGAGGAAAGAGAACAGCUCAGAUCUGUCCAGGAGGAAAGAGAACAGCUCAGAUCUGUCCAGGAGGAAAGAGAACAGCUCAGAUCUGUCAGAAAGCAGCUCAGAUCUGUCCAGGAAGAACGAGAGCAGCUCAGAUCUGUAGAGGACGAAUUUCUCAGGGUGAUCGAUGAGGCUGUAUCUGCUCCUGAUCAUGUGGAGAGCAGCACCGGGCCUCGGAGCCCAGAUAAAGCCGGUCCGCCUGAGAGUCCCCGAACACCGAAGAGGACUUCAUCUGAGGCCGGGUUUGAUAUCUGCUCGGCUGUGUUCGCUUCCGCCACUGAGCAGCACAGCACGGCUAAAAAACGACUCCGGAUCACUGGGAAGGAUUUAAACACGACUAAGAGCGCGGAGACCGUGAAAAGGACCGCGAGAAAGAAGCUAGUUCUCUCCAAACACGAGGAAACCCAACAGGCACCGGCGAACUCGCCAACCCGUAAAGAUUCGGUCUGUGUAGCCGAGCGUGGGUCGAAAGACUCACCUGUGAGCAAAGAGAGUAUCUCCAAGCAGCCUACCACGAACAAGAAAACGUUCUCACUAGAGGAUGUGGCUUCGCUGAAGGCUCGCCUGCAGAAGCUGAACAGAAAGGCUGAAACGGCGAGUUCGCCGACCCCAGCACCGGUGUCUGAUCUUGCUGAGCUCAAAGCUCGACUGGUCAGCGCCAGGGAGCUCGCAGCCAAAGCGCAGCAGAGGAAGGAGGAGAGAGUGGUCGAGGAGGAGAGAAGAUCGGAGGAGCAGACCCAAGACCACAAAGUGACUGAAGGCGAGAAGCUUCCUGCUUAUCAGCGCUACUACACUCUAGCUCAGGACGUUCCCCCUGGCCUUACCCUGCCCUUCAAAUACAAGGUUUUAGCAGAAAUGUUCCGCAAUACGGACACCAUUGUCAGCAUGUUGUUCAACCGCUCAGAAACAGUCACCUUCGCCAAAGUCAAACAAGGAGUCCAGGAGAUGAUGCACAAACGUUUCGAAGAGUCUCACAUAGGGCAGAUAAAGACGGUGUUCCCGUCUGCUUACAUCUUACGGCAGGAGAAAAACAUCCCGACCUUCAACACAACAGUAAAGAAAUCCAACUUCCAGCUCACCUUGGAGCCGGUCAUAGAAGAAGAAACAAAUGGCACCAGGCCCAUCCUGUCUGCUACUCGCCUGGUGGAGAGGAGGAGCAUUUUUAAUCAGAACCUGGUCGAAAUCGUGAAGGGACACCAUAAGAUAUUUCUAGCGUCGUUGAACCCCGCUUUAGUUAUCCCUGACAAUAAACUAACCCGCUGGCAUCCCAAAUUCAACGUAGACGAGGUGCCCAACAUCCUGCCCAGCGAAUUGCCUCAGCCUCCACAGACAGAGAAGCUUACCACGGCUCAGGAAGUGUUAGACAGAGCUCGCUCCCUCAUGACCCCUAAGAUGGAGAAGGCUUUAGUUAACAUGGCACUCAAAACAGCAGAGGCAGCUUGUUCAAAAGAGAGCGCGACGCCGGUGAAACCAACUCCGACACCCAUCCAGACUCCAAGCGCCCUCAAAGGAGUCCCUCAGUCUCUGCUAGAGAGGAUCCGGGCUAAAGAGGCUCAGAAGCUGCAAGCGGCUAUGACGAGGAAUCCUGAACAGGAGGAGCGUCUGGGGAUGAUGACACGUCUGCCAGAGAUGGCCAGGAUUCUGAGAAACGUCUUCGUAGCUGAGAAAAAGCCGGCUUUGAUCAUGGAGCUGGCCUGUAAUCGCAUGAUCGCUAGCUAUCGCUCUUCUCUCAGUGCAGGGGAAAUGGAGAAACACCUUCGUAUGCUGGUGGAGUUGGCUCCGGAGUGGCUCACGUUGCACCCCGUCAGAAAGGAUUUCUACCUCAAGCUGAACAAAAACACAAAUGUGAACCUGGUUUUGGAGAAACUGAACCAGAAGAUAAAAGAAGCGGAAAGACACUGAGACGCCGCGGAUGCCGGACUUGUUGGAACAAUGUGCAAUAGAUUCAGGAAUUGACUCCAUGUUUUUAAUCUUUGGACUGGAUACAGUGCGACUUCAUCUAAACACUAGUCUGUGAGAAAAUACAGAAGUUUGUGUGAAUUUAUUUUUUUUUUUUGUUUUGAAAUGAAACUGAUGUUAAUGUGGCUGUGUUUUAGGCUUAUAUUAUGGAGGUGAGCUGUGACGACUGUGAUGUUCGUUAUACAGCAGCAGGUCAUGUGAUGGGUCUUAGAGCUGCUUAAUUCACCAAUAAACAAGCUACUUUAAACUUU